CAUAAUCAACAAAACAAUGUUUUCUAAAAAGGGAAGAUUUUGUUGGAUGAUUUUCGGAGAAAAAUAUGAAUAAAAUUUUAUAGAAAAAAAUUUAAAGUUAAUUAGUUUAAUUAGUUAAAAUAACUUUUAUAGAUAUUUCUUUUGAAAAUGGGAAAAAACGAAAACGAUUUAGGUAAACGACCACGUAAACCAUCACGUAAACCACCACGUAAACCAUCACGUAAACCACCACGUAAGCCACCAUCGUCACGUAAACGUAAAGCGCCAACAAAAAUGGCAUUCAGUUCAGAUGAUGAAGCAGAGAAUUAA